AUGACUGAUUUAGUGUACCAGGCCGAACAGGUACAACAGCUUCUUCGAUGUGCCAUCUGUUUGGACAGAUUCCGUCAUCCGAAACUUUUACCAUGCCAACACACUUUCUGUGAAUCGCCUUGUCUCGAAGGCCUUAUUGACCAUUAUACUCGUCGUGUGAGAUGUCCUGAAUGUCGUCUUGAACAUCGGGUACCUUUAAAUGGUACGGCCGGAUUUCCAAAUAACCUUACCAUCAUCAGCUUUUUGGAUCUCCCCCACCAGUCAGCCUCAUCAAAUACUUCAUUAAGUGCACAAGGUGGCCAUUCCAGCCAGGGGGUUACAGAGAUCAGCCACCCUGAGGUACAUCCUCAUGAUAAUUCAGCUUUAGCCCAACUCGAAUAUCACACCCCUAAUGGUGAGGCAAUGUGCUCCGAUUGUGGACGCAUUGCUAUUCUCGCCCUGUGCAUCCAUUGUAAUGAACAGAUCUGCGAAGUCUGUCGACAUUCACAUAUUUCAAGCCUGAAACUGGAGAUUUCGCGCCAGUUGCAACGUAUACGUCGUGCCCUUCCAAAUAUGUCGGAAACUCUGUCAUCUGUUGAGCACCGUCGUGACCAGCUGCGCCGUAUGUGCGAUUCGGUUAAGUGUGUCAUUUCGGACACCAUAGAGCGUUAUAUUCGAGACUUGAAAGUUCGACAGGACCAUCUGUAUUCUGAGAUUGAUGAAUUUCUUUUCUCGGAGAUUCGCUGUCUUCAGGAAUAUCAAGAGAAUUUAGAAUUGGAACUAACAAGCAUCGCCAGCUUCUGUGAUAACACGGAACCACUUUUGGCUCAAAGACCCGAUAUAGAAUCCAGCAAUAUUGACUUACAGGACAUUAAAAGACAAGGCCAACAACAUAUUGUGACCCUGCAAAACCAAGUGUCCCUUGAGCUCCCCACUGCACGACAACUUACAUUUCAAGAUGAGAGCAGCCGCCUUAGCCCUGCUAUUGCACAUUUCGGAGAACUUAUGGUUAUGAUACAAAAUAAUUCUUCAUCUUUUCUUCGUAAUUCUGUUUUAGGUUAUUCUGACUCUGCUCAUCGAACCCAUUUACGGGAUUAUAACAGCAACCGAGAAACCACUCGGAGCUCCACUGCCUCUUCAAUUCCAAGAAGCCAUUCUUCAGGAGCCGAUUCUUCGAGUUCAUACAGGCGGACAGACAGCAACCAUUCCACACGAGGGUCGGGUUCAAGUACGUCUGCUACUCCUACCCAUCCUCGAAGAACAGAAGCACCAGUGUCCACUCCUAGUUCUACCUCCUCAGGUGUACGCUUUGCUCCUUCUAGCUCCUCUCUAGUAACAUCAUCGCCUCCUCUUUCUCGCUAUUCAGCCACCAACACUUCUGCUGGGUUAUUGGCCCCUUCUCGUCGCGAGCGAGAACUUGGGGGUUUGCCGUCUAGCUAUUUAGACAGGGAUAACACAGAUGAUCCAUUGAGGCACACAGCAGGGCCUGGAGCAGCAUCUCUGCCUAGCCCUUCUUCAGAAAAUAAUACCUUUGCUCGUAGGGAUGAACCGACUGGAGCUAGCAGCGGAACGAGAAAUGAAUACCUGGCCUCGGCAAAACCUAAAGACAAAGGUGUGCUAUUCUCUCAUGAAAAAAGAUCAUCUCCACCCAGAAGUAGGAGGCAACAACGAGAGAUGGUACCCUACUCGGAGAUUUCCCGUCCAUCCACUUCGGCAGGAGUGCCCAGUGCUGCAGGAGCAAGUAAUGACAACUCCCCUGUAUACCGGCCUGUCUCUCCUACAUUUUUUGAACGUAGGUCACUUCCAAACUCCCCAAGUACAAUGCGACGAGACACUGAACUCCUGCCGGACAAUGAAAUUUUUCCUAGCGCCCUUACUUGGCAUCCACGGUCAGAGAAUCUGCCUCGGUUUGGUGGUCACAGUCGAGGAUAUGGACAUUACUAUACGCACAAUAUGACCCUCCCAUCUUCGUCGAACUGGAUGGAUUCUUUUGGCUUACAGGACCGUUAUUCCUCUGCGCGGUUCUCAGCAACAAACAACUCAACACAAACUCCAAGACGGAGACCAGAAGCCUUGACAUAUCUCCAUCCCGGGGAGACAGACGAGAGCUCAACAUCGACAGAAAAUGAUUUAGCCAAUGAGCGAAGGCAUCCUCUCACCCUUUCCAGAACCGAUGGAGAGAUCUAUUCUUCCUCAGACGAAGAAGAUUUCGUGGAUGUAUCUGCUGCCCCUGGCUACAGGCACUGCAAAUCGGCCAGUACGAUUGUCUCCCAGGCACGCAAUAACUAUCAGGCUAAACAUCGUUCGUGGACACGUUUCGGUGAACAAGGAAGUGGCGAAUCCCAGUUCAUGUCACCCCGGGGUAUCGCCGCCAGCCCGGAGGGUGAAAUCUACGUAUGUGAUAGUAGCAACCACCGUAUCCAGGUCUUUGACAACACUGGUAUUUUUAUCCAAUCGUUUGGCUGCUAUGGCCAAGGAAAUGGCGAAUUUGACUGCAUCUCGGGUGUGGCUGUGAAUAGCUUUGGUCAUAUUGCCAUCACUGACCGCUACAACAAUCGGAUACAAUUUAUCUAUCUAUCUAUCUAUCUAUCUAUCUAUCUAUCUAUCUAUCUAUCUAUCUUUUUUCGGUCUGUUCCUAUGUAUCUAUCUAAUAUUUUUGUUGUUUCAAUUAUCACUGUCUUACUGUAUCUAUCUAUCUAUCUAUCUAUCUUUUUUCAGUCUGUUCCUAUGUAUAUAUCUAAUAUUUUUGUUGUUUCAAUUAUCACUGUCUUACUGUAUCUAUCUAUCUAUCUAUCUAUCUAUCUAUCUAUCUAUCUAUAUAUCUAUCUAUCUAUCUAUCUAUCUAUCUAUCUAAGUCUGUUCCUAUGUAUCUAUCUAAUAUUUUUGUUGUUUCGAUUAUCACUGUCUUACUCUAUCUAUCUAUCUAUCUAUCUAUCUCUAUCUAUCUAUCUAUCUAUCUAUCUAUCUAUCUAUCUAUCUAUCUAUCUAAGUCUGUUCCUAUGUAUCUAUCUAAUAUUUUGUUGUUUCAAUUAUCACUGUCUUACUGUCUAUCUAUCUAUCUAUCUAUCUAUCUAUCUAUCUAUCUAUCUAUCUAUCUAUCUUUUUCAGUCUGUUCCUAUGUAUCUGAUAUUUUUGUUGUUUCAAUUAUCACUGUCUUACUGUAUCUAUCUAUCUAUCUAUCUAUCUACCUAUCUAUCUAAGUCUGUUCCUAUGUAUCUAUCUAAUAUUUUUGUUGUUUCGAUUAUCACUGUCUUACUCUAUCUAUCUAUCUAUCUAUCUAUCUAUCUAUCUAUCUAUCUAUCACAUCUUGUUGUCUUUCCUCCAUCUGUCUCAUUGCCAUUUUCCAUCAGUCUUGUUGUCUUUCCUCCAUCUGUCUCAUUGCCAUUUUCCAUCAGUCUUGUUGUCUUUCCUCCAUCUGUCUCGUUGCCUUUUUCCAUCAGUCUUGUUGUUUUUCCUCCAUCCGUCUCAUUGCCAUUUUCCAUCAGUCUUGUUGUCUUUCCUCCAUCCGUCUCAUUGCCUUUUUCCAUCAGUCUUGUUGUCUUUCCUCCAUCUGUGUUCCAGGCUAAUGGGAAUUUUGUCAGGAAAUUUGGACGUCUGGGCCAUGGACAACAGGGUACCUUCAAUGGACCCCAUUACCUUGCAGUCAGUCCAGACAAUCUGAUCUAUGUGACCGACAGUAAUAACCACAGGGUUCAAGUCUUUAGUAUCUAUGGGGAUUACCUGUUUGGAUUUGGGACAAAUAAGAAGUCCACUACCACUGGUUUCCCUAAGCACCAACACUUCUACCAACUGAUCCAAAGAACAUCUCACUGA